AUGGCCAGCGCCAGGGUCUCUAUUCUCUGUCUUGGCUGCUCUCUUCUCUUGCUCUUGGGGGCCUGCGAGGAAUCCGUGGAGAUCCAGGGGGCUGCAGAGGAGAGCCAAGAGGAAAAGGAGAUGAUCGGAGCUUUGCAGGAGGUCUUGGAGAAACUGAGGAACCACCAGCUGCCCUCUACUGAGAAGAAAUUUGGCUGGGUGCCCUCGUGUGACGUGGGGGCGCCCUGCGCUGUGCGGAAAGGGGCCCGCAUUGGCAGACUCUGCAGCUGCCCCCGGGGGACAUCUUGCAACCUGCACAUCCUUAAGUGCUUGUGAUGAAGAGGCAACCGGGCUGUGCGCGUGGGCUGUGUGUGUGUUGAAGGCAGGGACCAGAGCAGCUCUCGGGUUGAAGGCAGUUGUGCUCUCCAGGCCUGUGGGUGGGAGAAAAUGCCUUAUCUUCCUUCCACUGGCUCUAACACCCCAACCUGGGCUCCUGCUGGGAGGAAGGGCGGGAUAUGAAUCCAAAAAUAAAAUAAACGACAUGUAGCCAAAAUCUGCCUCCCUGCAACUCUCACCCUUCGGUUCUAAUGCAGCCUUAGGGAGCAAGAGAGCGCAAAUCCCUUCAAAUGCAAACAAGGAAUCAACGACAUGACUGCCUGACCCGCAUUCUGCACCCUUCCGGGUGCAAAGUUAUAAAAAGGUUCUUCUCCUCCUCUGAGGGACGGAAACUUUUUGGCAACCAAUAGGUGGCAGUCAAGGAUUUGGAGCCUACAUCCUCUUGAGCACAAAUUAUUAUCUGCUGAGAUCGGGCACCUUUUUGUGUGCAACGCAAGAAAAAUAAUAAAGCGUUCCAGGCAGUGCUGGCUUGUUGUUUUGUGUUGCGGUGGGAAAGUGGUCACAUCUGAGGAAGAUUCAGAGGGGGAAGACUUGAUUCAACAGGCAAAGAGAAAAGUGAAAAGCCACUUUGUUCAUCCUCCAGAGCUGGAAAGCCGCAAAAACCAGCAACACUAUUUGUGCUGCUCAGGGGUGCAGUCAUCCAGGGUCUCAGACCCCUUACUAUUUUGGGAGCAGGGGCCCAAUGUCUCCAGCAUCCUAAGAGCCUACCAGCAUGAAAGGGGAGUGUGUUAGC